CUGCCACUGCCCUUAAAAGUCAUCGAUUUCAGUUGGUUUUCAACAGUAACUCACCUGAGCUCGGCAGCGUUUUGCCGUCUGAGAUUAGAUACCAAAUCACCGCCGGUCCAAAAACCCCCAAAUGAAAACCCUAAUUUCCCAAUUCUUCAUCAACUACUCCAAGCCUCAAUUCUCACCUCCACCUUUUCUCUUCCGCUUUCCAAAUCAAAACCAAACCUUGCUUCACAUUUCCAGACCAAAUCGGCUCUCCUCCGUCAGAGCUCACUUGAGUUCGGAAUCGUCAAGCUACGGCGGCUGGGACGACCUCAGACCCGUCGCCGGCGACUCGGAUCAGCUUCGUAAGUUUCUGGCCUCUACAGGAAUCGAUGAUAGGAAGCAUGUGUUUGCGUUUCUACUAGGCCUUAUCUGUGCUUUCGCGAUUUCUAGGGUUAGGGUUUCUUCCAUUGUUGUGGUUCCGGCUUCGGUUUUGAUUUUUAGCCUUGGAUUUUCGGUUGGGUUUGUUCGUAGGGGAGGUUUUGGUGAGUUAAAUGGGACUAAGAGGAGGACUAAAGAAGACGGAUUGGUUGUUUAUAGUGAGAAAUUGAGGAGCUUGGUGGAGGUUUUUGAUGGGUUUAGAGUUAGAGUUGAUGAUUUGAAGUGUGAGAUACAGAGGGCUAUUGAUUCCAGGGGGAUUACGGUUAGUGAUUUGGAGAGUUAUGUUGAGGCAAUUGAGGGUGUUAGUUUAGCGGCGUCUGAUGGGAGGAGCAUUGUUGAGGAGUGUGUUGAUAAUUUGGCUAGGUCCAGUGUUGGGUUUGCGGAGAAUUACAAGACAAGUAAGAGGAAGAAAGAGCCUGUUGAGAUCGGAUAUGCGGUGUGGCAGUACAUUGGGGAUUUGUUUAAGGAGAAGUUGGCUGAUCAUAAGCCUAGUAAAGCGAAAAUCAAUGGUAAGCGAGAGAGUGUGGAGAAAGUAGGGGGUGAUCACAGUAGAGCGAAUGGUUUGAGUUCUAAUAAUGAUAAAGAGAUGGUUUCUGAUUCUGUUGAUGAUAGUGUGGGGAUUGCAAAUUUUGGUCAUUCUCAGGAUUCGGUCAAUAGGUCUGCUUUGAAUGAAACUGGAAAUGGAAGAAUCAAGCUUGCUUCAUCAAAUAAAAAUAUGCGUUCAGAGGAGGUGAGUUGGGGUAUUGACAGUGUUACAGAGAGCAAAGAGAAUAGUCAUCAGAAUAACAGACUGCAGUUCAUGAGCAAUGGUCAUAUCUCUUCAAAGAUGGGCCAUGACCGUAAUGAAAUGUGGGAAUCCAAUGACAAUCUGCUUGAUUCUGUUGAUUUUAGUGUCAGAAUGAAACAUAUGGAAAAUAAAGCUUCAUUCGUACAAGAACAGAUACUCAAGGAAUCUGAUGGGGAUUACAGGUCUUCUCUUAUCGGGGAAAAUAGUGAAGAUGAGACUUAUGGGCCUCAGAUUAAACAAGAGAGAGUAAAUCACGAAGAAAAUUUCCCUUUGGAUGAUCAAUUGUCUGGAAAUGAGAGUGAACUCCCCUCCCUUUCAUCUUCGUCAAUUUCAGAGGAUGUAUUGUUUGAUAGGUAUGUUACAGAAGCAAAUGAUCUUCUAAAACAAGCCAAGGAAUUCAUAAAGGCUACACAUAAUGAAGAGCGGGCAGAGAUCGUAUUGUACAGGUCAGCCAAAUUACUGUCUAAAGCCAUCACUAUGAAGCCAAUGAGUUUGUUGGCCGUGGGCCAAUUAGGCAACACUUACCUUCUUCAUGGAGAGAUGAAGUUAAGGAUUAGUCGUGAGUUGAGAAGGCACCUUACAAGAAGUGACCCCUCAUCGGUUGAGAAAUGGAUUAGAAUGCAAGAUAAAAUCACUAGUAAAGAUGAUAUUGCAUCUGUCCUCAUUAACACGUGUGAAGAGUGCGAAGAACUUCUUGUGGAAGCAGGUAGAAAGUACAGACUGGCAUUAUCAAUUGAUGGGAAUGAUGUAAGAGCCCUGUAUAAUUGGGGUCUUGCCCUUACAUUCCGUGCACAGUUGAUUGCAGAUAUUGGACCUGGAGCAGCUUUUGAUGCUGAUGAACUGUUUUUGGCUGCAAUUGACAAGUUCGAUGCCAUGAUGUCUAAAGGAAAUGUUCAUGCACCUGAUGCUCUUUUUAGAUGGGGCAUGGCACUACAGCAAAGAUCGCGUCUACGGCCUAGCAAUGGUAAAGAGAAGGUGAAGUUGCUGCAGCAGGCAAAGAGGCUGUAUGAAGAUGCACUUAAUAUGGAUUCAAACAAUGUCCAAGUAAGACGAGCCUUAUCAUCAUGCAUGUCUGAGCUUAGCAGUAGGCACCUUUACUUUUAACAAAACCCAAAACUGACCAGUUCCGCUGCAUGGUUCCUCCCUUGUAGUUAUUCCCAGCAUUUAUUCUUCUUCUUCUUCUUCUUCUUCUUUUC